AUGAAGUUUAUUCAACCUCCUGAUGUCAAUGCAGAUAAGAUUGGAUCAGACCAAAGAAUAUAUAAAGAUCAGGCAUGCCAUUCUAUAUUCAAGGAGCAUCUAGAAAAGAAGAAAUGGAAUUCUGAUGACGUGGAAUACCUCUUUCGAAAACUGGGGCAAUCUCUUUUGGACCCCCAUCUUACUCUUCAGUUAGGCGUACAUCUGCGGCCAUGGAUACUGGAGUUACUGGGGCGAGCACAAGUUGCUGCCAAGAAGACCCUUUUGUCAGGCAAUGGCAAUGACCUUCAUCUUGCCCUUUGUAUAGCUCUGAGCAAACUGGUGGCAUUCAGUGGGGAUGCAGUGAGACAGGACAAGUACCAUGCCUGUGAUACCCUCAAUAGGACUCCACCAAAGCUCAACUUCACAGGAUCUUCACUGCCCUACACAACAACAACAAGAUUGAAGAUGGACAAAGAUGUUGUGCUGUGUAUAGUGGCAGCUUGCGUAGUGAAGAUCAUGUCAAGAAGCAUCUUUGGAGUCAUCAUUGACUCCAGAGAAGGACAGAUGAGAUUAGGUUUGGUUAUGUUAGGGCAGAGAUUUCCAAACUUUACCAAUAUCAAGGAUCCCAACCUUCAUUGUGUUGUGGAUCUCCUUGGGUCCUGGGGGUCUGUGGACUUCAGCUUAGGAACCUCUAUGUUAGAUUUUGCCUCAAGUACUUCCAAAAUGCUGUACCACCAUUUCAAAGAGAAAGAGUGGAGCAUGAUGAGCCGACUCCUAAAAAGAUAUGAAAGCAGAAUGAAAGGGUUGCUGUUGGAGAGAAAGAAUGCUUACAAGCUUCUGUUGAUCUUUUGCUUCAUGUUGGCAUGUCACUGCAUAGGAACAAUAUCUCGAAUGAGUGAAACUCAACGAGAAUCUUUUAUAUUGAGGCAUGUCACCUUGGAAACUCACAGAACCCUCUCAGUACAAAACAGUAAAAGUGUCCCACAUGACUUACCAAACAUACGAACUACUGAACUUAUUGAAGAGGACUCUCCAAGUCUUCGCCAGACAGUUAGUGUCUGUGGGGUCAUGUUACCAAUUCAUGACAGGAAAUCACAGAAAGAAGGUUGCCUGGUUACUCUGCCUUCAACAAGGCGCAACCUUGAGGCAGUGGCCCUUGCUGUGUGUAGGGGCCACCCAGUGCUCCUAGAAGGAGUAGUGGGAUGUGGCAAGACUUCCAUCGUGGAACAUUUGGCUUGUGUUACAGGACGAAUAAGAGCUCCAGCUUUGACCAAGAUUCAGUUGGGUAACCAAACUGACAGCAAGACCCUGCUUGGAACUUACUGCUGCACUCAGACUCCAGGAGAAUUUAUCUGGAGGCCUGGUUCCCUGACACAGGCAGUAACAAAUGGCUUCUGGAUUCUACUUGAAGAUAUUGAUUAUGCACCAAUGGAUGUCAUCUCAAUUCUUGUUCCACUUUUGGAAUCACGAACUUUAUCUCUACCAGGUCAAGGAAACAUCCAAGCUCACCCUGAUUUCCAACUAUUUGCCAGUUGCCGGACAGUUGCACGAACAAAGAUGGUCAGUGGAUGUGCUAAUCUCCUGGAUAAGCUAUGGACAAAAGUUACUCUUGAGACACUUACUCGUUCAGAGCUGCUACAGCUUGUUGCUAUCAGGUGGCCUAAACUUGAAGCAGUAUCAGAAAAGUUAGUUGGAGUGUACCUGAUGCUGUCAUCUGGCCAGCAUGAUGAUGACACUGAAAAGGAGAACCAGACAGACGUCUUUGACUUUACCACUGUGAAGACAUCUGGUCGUCUAGUUUCAACCCGUGACCUGAUGAAGUGGUCCUCCAGAGUUGCCUGCCAUAUUGCUAACACAGACACAAGUGUAGCAAACAGAGCAUUUCAGGAAGCCCUUGACUGCUUUUGUGCUGCAGUACCAGACCAGUUAUUGAGCUACAAGUUUGCCUUACAUAUUGGCUCAUUUAUGAAUAGGACUAAAGCUGAAAUUGAGUACUACUGUGUUCAGUACAAGCCAGAAGUUACUCAUUUGUCAAACAGCUUUGUUAUAGGACAGCGGGCAAAAUUGCAUCGCAAGCCAGUCAAUGCCCAGUACUUAAAGCAAAGUGUAGAUAUACCCUUUUCAUUUACAAGACCUGCAGCCUGUCUCCUUGAGAGAAUUGGUGUUGCAGUGAUGAACCAGGAACCUGUCUUAAUUGUAGGAGAGACAGGAACUGGGAAGACCUCCACUGUGCAGUACUUGGCUCAUCAGACCCGCAACAGGUUGCGCGUCAUUAACAUGAAUCAGCAGAGUGACUCGACUGAUCUCCUUGGAGGGUUUAAACCAGUUGAAAUGAAGACUAUUGUUGCACCAGUCAGGCAGGAAUUUGAGGAUCUAUUUGCUGCUACAUUCACAACAAAUGAUAACAGCAAGUUUCUUCAGCAUAUUAUGACUUGUUUCUUGAGUCAGAGAUGGAGUGAUCUCUUCACUCUAAUGGAUCACUCACAAAUAAAGGCCACUGAAAGACUUGAAGGAAAAAAUGAUGCUGAAAGCAAAGCCUUGAUUUGCAAGUGGAAGAAGCAAAGAUCAAAGAUUGCUUCCAUGAAGGAACAAGUCCAGAAUGCACAGAGUGCAUUGGCUUUUGCCUUUAUUGAAGGAACACUUAUUAAAGCAGUUCAAGAAGGAGAGUGGGUGCUACUGGAUGAGAUCAACCUGGCUAGUGCAGAAACUUUAGAAUGUUUGUCUGGACUUCUGGAAUGCAGAACUGGUUCACUGACCCUGCUAGAACGAGGAGACAACAAGCCCAUUAGCAGACAUCCAGACUUUCGCCUUUUUGCCUGUAUGAACCCAGCAACUGAUGUUGGAAAGAAGGAGUUACCUGCUGGAUUGAGAAACAGGUUCACAGAAUUUUUCAUGGAAGAAUUAAACAGCAAACAGGAUUUGAUGAUAAUCAUAAAUGAUUAUCUACUGAAGUUGGGUCCAACCAGUCAGCAAAUAAAAGGUAUCAAAGAUUUUUACAAAAAGGUGAAGAAAGAAGCAGAGCUCAGCCUGAUGGAUGGCACAGGACACAAGCCUCAUUAUAGCUUGUGAAGCUUGUGUCGUGCCCUAGCUGUAGCUGCUAAAAAUCCAUGUUCCAGCCUUCCAAGAUCCUUACUUGAAGCCUUUUGCAUUUCCUUCUUGACUCAGUUAGACCGUACAUCUCAUCAAGUUGUGGGGAACAUGAUAAAGCAGCAUGUAUUGGGUAUAGAUAUGCAGACAAAAGGAAGGGACAAACGCAAUUUUAAAUUAUCUCUUGAUCCAAUACCUGGUCCUGCUUCUGAAAAGUGUGUCCAGAUUGAGGGCUACUGGAUACCUCAAGACCCCUUGGAACCUCAAGCACUGGAUAAUUAUAUAAUCACUGAAACUGUGAAGAGGAACCUAGAGGACCUUGUACGUGUUGUGAGCAUUGGUCGGUUUCCAGUGCUUCUUCAGGGGGAGACCUCUGUUGGCAAGACUUCUCUCAUCUCAUACCUGGCUCAGCUUACUGGCAACUUCUGUGUUCGCAUCAAUAACCAUGAGCACACUGACCUACAAGAGUAUAUUGGGUGUUAUGGGCCUGAUGAGAGUGGGAAACUGGUCUUCAGUGAAGGUGCAUUAGUAAAAGCAGUACGUAAUGGUCAUUGGAUCAUUCUUGAUGAACUCAAUCUAGCUCCAUCAGAUGUUUUGGAGGCUCUGAAUCGUUUGCUAGAUGAUAACAGGGAGCUGUUUAUUCCUGAAACUCAGGAUACAGUACGGGCACACCCACACUUCAUGUUGUUUGCCACACAAAACCCACCAGGACUGUAUGGAGGAAGAAAGGUCCUGUCUAGAGCCUUCCGAAAUAGAUUUGUGGAGCUACAUUUCAAUGAAAUUCCUUCUGGUGAGUUAGAGAUAAUCCCCCUGUCUUAUAGCAAGAAGAUGAUUGCUGUGCUCUCGGAUCUGCAAAACAUGAGAAGAGGAUCAAAUCUUUUUCAGGGAAAGCAAUCAUAUGUCACCCUCCGUGACCUGUUUCGUUGGGCUGAGAGGUAUCGCCUCUCCCCACAACAGAGUAGCAAGUUCUAUGACUGGGAUCAACAUAUAGCAGAUGAAGGAUAUCUUGUGCUUGCUGGCAGAGUAAGGCUGGAAGAAGAAGCUGCAGCAAUAAAAAAAGUCCUGGAAAAAAGGCUGAAGAGAGUUGUUGACCAAAGCAAGCUGUUCGGUUCCAUUGGUAUUCAGCCCGCACAGGAUGCAGCCCACGGAAUUCAGCCCACACGGAAUUCAGCCCACACGGGAUUCAGCCCACGGAAUUCAGCCCACACGGGAUUCAGCCCACGCGGGAUUCUGCCCACGGAAUUCAGCCCACACGGAAUUAAGCCCACACGGGAUUCAGCCCACGGAAUUCAGCCCACACGGGAUUCAGCCCACGCGGAAUUCAGCCCACACGGGAUUCAACCCAUGGAAUUCAGCCCACACGGGAUUCAGCCCACGGAAUUCAGCCCACGCGGGGUUCAGUCCACACGGGAUUCAGCCCACACGGGAUUCAGCCCACUGAAUUCAGCCCACACGGGAUUCAGCCCACACGGGAUUCAGGCCACGGGAUUCAGCCCACACGGGAUUCAGCCCACACGGGACUUAACUCACGGGCCCACACUAUGGAAGGAUGCUGGGAAAGGAACAGACUGUUCAAUCCAUUGUGGUAGCCCUCAACAGCAUUUGUGGUUCGUGGAAUGUUAUUCCUUGGAGCUGAAAAAUGGUUCCAGACAACUGAUGGGUACCUGGGUGGUCCCCUGUCUCUUCCCUGGCCCCUGUCCCUCCCCUGAAUAUAAGUCAGCUCAAAGGUUGGUUGCACGCCUUUUGGCCCUCACGCUGUCUUCCAGGGUUGAUCUUUUGGGUAGCCUUUGGAGAACAUCUUGUGACAAGCCAGUCAUGUUUUCUGCCAAAAUUGACCUGGUGGAAUCUUGCCCAGCUGUCGCAGCAGACCUGAUGUGUGACUGCACUUGCCUGACUUCUCCAGUGAGUUCUCCGUUCUUUCCCAUUCGGUCUUUCCUCAGGACAUACUCAAAGCCCCCAACCCUCUUCACUUGGUUUCCUCUUUCCGUCAAGUAUGCCAUUUUAUCUAGCUUAGGCGAGUGCGUACGUGGGCAGAGCAGAGCAGCAAAUGGCACUGAUGACAAUGCAAGAGCUGUGUUCAGAACAGGGACUUGCGAGGCGCUGUACACGUGUGGACUGAACCCCGCGUGGGCUGAAUUCCGUGGGCUGAAUCCCGCGUGGGCUGAAUUCCAUGGGCUGAAUCCCGUGUGGGCUGAAUUCCACGUCCACCAGCUGUUCACAUUGUCAGAAAAGACUUCCUCAGUCACAAAAUCCAUCUUAGAACAGAUGACUGAAAUACAGGGUUUUGAACAUGUGGUCUGGACUCAGGAUAUGCGCCGUCUCUACAUCUUGGUUUCUAAGGCUCUAUGUUUCAAGGAACCAGUGCUACUAGUUGGAGAGACAGGCUGUGGCAAAACAACAGUUUGCCAGAUGAUUGCUGCUCAAAACAACCAAGAUCUUUACACUGUUAACUGCCACAUGCAUUCUGAAGGAGCAGAUUUUCUUGGUGGACUGCGUCCUGUAAGAUCACAUUCAGAUGAGGAUGAUCGUCUCUUUGAGUGGAUGGAUGGCCCUCUCAUCCUAUCCAUGAGGGAUGGGAGUAUGUUCCUAGCUGAUGAAAUAUCCCUUGCUGAUGAUAGUGUACUGGAAAGAUUAAAUUCAGUUCUUGAACCAGAGAGGAUGCUGGUUUUGGCAGAGAAAGGAGCUGACAUUGAAGGCAGUGCCAGUAGUAGCCCUGACAUUAUUUUUGCCCAUGAAAACUUCAGGCUUAUUGGAACCAUGAACCCUGGUGGAGAUUAUGGAAAAAAAGAACUCUCUCCAGCCCUUAGGAACCACUUUACAGAUAUCUGGUGCCCUAAAGUUGAAGUUAAUCGUGUAUCUUGUGAUGUUCUGAAAAUUAUUGAGCACAACAUAAGGAAGGAUAUUGUUUUGAACCAGGAAGGAAAAACAGAGUUGGGAAAAGCAAUGCUGCAGUUCUUAGAACAUUUUACAGAUACAGAACUCGGCAAGAAGUGUAUCCUUAGUAUUAGAGAUAUAUUAUCUUGGGUUGAUUUUAUCAACAAGGUGACAUUGCAACCAACUUCCUUAGAUCCAGGUCUAGCUUAUAUUCAUGGAGCAUGUCUGGUACUCCUUGAUGGCCUAGGAUCAGGACUCACAGGAAGUGGUGUUGCAGGGUGGAAGCAGUUGAGAAAAGCUGGUCUUAAUUAUCUUUGUCAACAAGUGUGGCAAAAUUCUGGAACAAAGCCAAACAAAGCAACACUGGUGGAAGAAUUUGUUUGUGAACUGAACUUUGUAAAUACAGAUACCUUGUUUGGCAUAGUACCAUUCAUUAUCACCAAAGGAUCAGAAGAGGAGCCAGAGUCAGAAAUAUUUACCUUCAAAGCACCUCGGACUUGUAUCAACUUGCUUCGCCUGCUGAGGGGCUUGCAGCUGAGUCGGCCUUUGCUACUGGAGGGAAGUCCAGGUGUUGGCAAGACCAGUUUAGUCAUAGCUCUGGCCAAGGCUUCUAGCCACAAGAUUGUACGCAUCAAUCUCUCAGAACAGACAGAUGUCAGUGACCUCUUUGGUGCAGAUUUACCUGUCGAAGGAGGCAAAGGUGGGAAGUUUGCUUGGCGAGAUGGGCCUUUGUUACAAGCACUACGUGAGGGGUCUUGGGUGGUGCUGGAUGAACUCAACUUGGCUUCUCAGUCAGUGCUGGAAGGUCUUAAUGCAUGUUUUGACCACAGAGGGGAGAUAUUUGUUCCUGAGCUAGGGAAAACUUUCCAUGUAGAGCAUCAGACCACUAAGAUCUUUGCAUGUCAAAAUCCCCAACAUCAGGGUGGAGCUAGGAAAGGUCUUCCUAAGUCAUUUCUCAACAGAUUUACACAAGUUCAUGUAGAAGCCCUGUCACCUGCUGAUUUAGAGUUUAUUCUUAGUAUGAUGUAUGGAAAGUUACCUCAAGAUAUUGUGACAAAAAUGGUUCAGUUCAAUGAGGUCAUCACUUCAGAAAUCCAAGUGCAGGGCCUUUGGGAUCAAUUAGGAGGUCCAUGGGACCUGAACUUGCGUGACAUGUUCAGAUGGUGUGAAAUAAUACUGAAGAAUCAGUCACCAGAUUACUACAAUCCUGGAGAAUAUGUUAGUCUUAUAUACGCAGAUCGCAUGAGGACAAAAGAGGACAAGAAAAGUGUUUUGCACUUAUAUGACCGCAUAUUUGGAGAAGGCUACCCAAGUUAUCAGAGUAUUGGCAGAUACAAUAUCACAGCAAGAGAAAUUCAGAUUGGCCAUGCAGUUAUUAACAGAAAUUUUGAUGGUGACAAAAGUGAGGAAGACAAUACUGGUGACCUUUAUCUUAUGAAGAAUCAGCUACCAGUUAUGGAGAGUCUUGUGCAUUGCAUUAAUAUGAACUGGAUGGCAUUAUUAGUUGGGGAGUCUGGAACUGGCAAAACUUGCUUAGUAAAAUUGUUGGCCAGGCUUACAGGGCAGCGCCUCCUCACACUUACUGUCAAUUCAGACAUGGAUGUCACUGAACUUUUAGGAGGCUUUCAACAGAUGGACUACAAACAGUUGCUAGGAGAAGCAGUAAGUACUGCCCUCUCUGAGAUACAGGCAACAGUUAGAGCAGCACUCCUUCUUGGUGAAGAAUCUCGGGCAGUAACAGUCCUUGCUGCUUGGGAAGAACUUCUUGCUGCUCAAAAGGAUAAGGCAGUCAGAACCAUGUUUGAGGAAACAACACAUUUUCAUUAUCAGUGUGAUUUGCUUCUGGCAGUCCUUCAGACUAUUACAGACACACAAGUUGAUAUGAAAGGGAGAAAGAAAAGAAAGAAGGAAUGUGUGAAAGACAAUGGUAGUAAGAGCAAGGGACUGGGCAGGGCUGCUGCACUCAGAGACUAUGUGAAACAAUUGCAGAAGAAAGUCAGAGAGGCUGGAACAUUGUCAGGUGGAGGUACCUUUCACUGGGUGGAUUCUCUUCUUGUUAAAGCAAUACGUGAUGGUGAUUGGAUACUGAUUGAUGGUGUGAACAUAUGUUCAGCGUCAGUUCUGGACAGACUCAAUGGCUUACUGGAACCUGGGGGAGAGCUGAGCCUCAAUGAGCAAGGUGUAGUGGGUGGUAGUGUUCCCACAGUUGCUCCUCAUCCUCAGUUUCGUCUUUUUCUUGCCAUGAAUCCCUUGCAUGGAGAAAUUUCAAGAGCCAUGAGGAACAGAGGGUUAGAGAUUUGUAUACUUGAAUCAUGGACAGCAUCUGAAGACCUGCGAGCACUGAUGCUACAUGCUGGCUUAACUUCUGUGCCCCUACAGAAUACCCUAUUUCAGGCACACCAGACUGUUACUGAACGUCUACCAGGAUAUGAGCAGCCAGGCAUUACCCAGAUGAAGCUAGCAGGAUCAGUGACUCAUCAACCGAUCCAGGCUGGUUAUCAUUCUGAUCUUGCCCUCAAGAAAGCAUUGACCCUAGUAUAUGUAAGAUCUCAUGGUAAACCUACAAUCAAAAAAGCUGCAUAUGAAGCCAUAACUGAAGUUCUGGAACAUUGGGGCCAAAAUCCUGACAUAUGCUGGCCUCAUUAUGAGAACCAGGUCUUGAGUGUGCAAAAACUUAGCCUGGGUAGUUGUUUGGCACAAGUGAAAGUUUUUGCUUCACUGUUGCAGGCAGUUACUUUAGCGGCAAGAGAUCCAAAACUUGUGUCCACCGGGAGCCUGGGUAGUUGUUUGGCACAAGUGAAAGUUUUUGCUUCACUGUUGCAGGCAGUUACUUUAGCGGCAAGAGAUCCAAAACUUGUGUCCACCCGGAUCUUGGCAUCACUCCCUUUGCCCUGUCCCUUACCAUGUUCAGAAGUGAGUGUGCUGAGCUGUGUUGUUUUGCUUUUUUCAGCAAUGGCAGUUCAAGACUGGCCAGUGCUCUCAGAAUGGAUGACACAACAAAUGAAAUCUGCAUCACACACCAAAUCUCAUCUAGAGCAAAAUGUUUCAUCCCUACUGAAUUUUGUUUUGUCCAGAAAAGUUUGUCUUGCAUCUCAAGCCUUGACAAAUGAAACUCUGCAACAUGCUUAUGAUCCACGCUUUGCCCUGCUGAAACAUUCCAAAGCAGGAGAUCAACAAAAUACUUCUAAUUUUGAGAGCCUCUCUAAUAAGUCAAGUUUAUGGCUAUGGUAUACUGUGUAUUACUGUUUCAAACAGAAUGCUGUUGUUGAAAAGUCUAAUGGCAGUUACAAAUUGGAUUCAAUGACACUAUUGGAAGUUUCUCAUGCAGUGAAUAAGGGCCUUGUGGGUAGUAGCUCUUCCCCUCAUGCCUCAGUUCCUCAUCUUAUCCCUUUCUUCUCCCAAAUUAAUAAGUUCAUCUUGUCCUUGACGGAUGAUAAACACAUACCCAUCACAAAUCAAGAAUUCUGCCUGUUUUUGUCUGCUUUGCGGUGGUGUGACCGCCUCUACCAGUUUUGCAGCCAAAAUGUGAGUAAAUCAAAGUUUCAUCUGUUUCUGCCACAGUUAACUUUGCAUUGGCAUUGGGUUUAUGAAGAGUUUCUACAGAAAAUUCCUAGUUCAUGGGAAUAUUUGGUUUCCGAGCAAUUCAGGAAAGUAGUGAAGAUCUUACACUUAGAGUUUGAACUAGAAUAUGGCCCAGUUCACAAAAUUGCCUCAAGGCUGCGAUCAUGCACAUCACCAGCACCAUUUCCAUCUGCCAUGAUCUCAGGUGCUCAGUUUCGCCUGUUAGACUUGACAUCCAGUCUUGCUCCAGCUACAGACAAUGAAAAUGUCAACUUGUUCUUAGCAUCUUCCACUGGAAAGGAAGUAUGUGAGCUACUAAUGAAUAUUGCAAGCGAAGUUGCCUCUUGCAAUGCAGAAAAAGUAAAUGAUAUACAUGACCAGAUUAGCAGUGUAGAGGAUAUUGUUAAAGAAAAGUGCAUUGGCCAAAAGGCUUCAUCAAAAGUGAAAGACAGAGACUUAAUGGCACUACAGGUUCAAACUUGGCCCUUAAGGGAUUAUUUAGCAUCCCAUGUUUUGUCAGUUGAGAGAGUGAGUGAUGAAGUAUCACCACUCAUACAUGAUGUUGUUAUAGAGGCACCUGGAGUAUAUACAGAACUUAUAGGCUUUCUUUCUGGUCCAACCUUUAGACCAUCAGCUGCAUUUGGAACUCACAGCUAUCUUGCCCUAACUCAGAGCACUGCCAGUCGACAAACUUGUACUUACCUCAGCUACUCUCCUGUUUCCUCUGAAGAGAAUGAAGAAGUAAAGAAUAGUGUACUACUUCAUCCAGCAGCAUGUCAGCUCUCAUACAUUUUGCUGGCUGGGAAAAAUACAUCCAGUUAUGAUAUUGAGAGUGCAAUGCAGAAAGUUCCUACAGGUAUGCAUGUUGAAAAACUGGCACAGUUAAGAGUGCUUAAGUCAACAUUGUGGAACAAUUGGUCCAUUCUUGCUGAUCCUUCACUAAGCUAUGAGGCAUCAUUUACCAAUUAUGUGGUAUUUUAUCUGACUUCAUCUUUGAAAGUUUUUGCCGAUGCAUUAGGCAUUUCAUCCGAAUUUGGUGGUGAAUCCGAUCAUCUGCAGAUAGUCUCCACUCUUGCAUCUAGGAUAAUUGAGGCUAAUGUUUCUUGGUUGCCAGACAGUAGCCAACAGCAGCUCCAAAAAUUGGUUAGGUUUAUUACAAGUCUCAAAGAAUGUUCAGAUAACUGGAAGGAUAAAGCAAACUUUGCUGCCCAAGCAGCAGUUACACUUGGUACACUUUACACUAGUAUUUUAAGUCACAUGGAACCAGUUGAUCCAGCUCAGUUUCAUUCUCUGAAGUUGCAGUAUCAUCAGGAAGAACUGCAAGAUUUGGAGUCUCAUUUGAUGCUAACAGCAUGGUUUGAACACUUAAGAGGUAGUUUGGAUUACUCAAGAGUGCUAGAAACCCAUCCUCAUCUGCCAUCAUUUGAGGCAAGAUGCAGCCAGAUAAAGUCUGAGAUGACACACAUGUCACAGCAGACUGCACAUCGUGCAGGUGCAGUAGAGUAUCAUCAACUAAAGCAAGAUUGUGUUCAUUUUUGCUCAAGUGUGUUCAUCCCUGAAAGAAUCCAAGAACUGUCUGAAAAUCUUCAAAUAGAGGAGGAUAGGUUACCUUCAGAAUCCUCAUUAGUGAAAACUGAAUGUCUUCUUGCUUCUUGUGAUAACUUUGUUAAAAAAGUUGUGCAGCAGUAUCCCCUCUAUCGGGAUAUUACAUAUCCAUUCCUACAAGCAGUGGCUGUAACAUGUGAAGCUCUUAGGAUUUUAGUAUGUCAUUCUCAUAUACAUUCAUUUAAUGUAAAAUGUGGCAUCAACUUGACAGAUAACUUGGCAAAGUACUCUUCCUUCCCUGCACAACGAGAACCAUCACGUCCCCUUCAUGUGGUGAGUGAUCAAAUGAAUGUUGCCAAGUGCAUUCCAGUCUUGUUGUGUGAAGAACAGUUUCAUGGACAGAUAAAAAUUGCUACAACUGUUGCUCUUCGUGCAGCACUCCUGGACUUGUUGAAUGUGACUCUAGCUCAGCACCACUUGGAUGAAUCUAGUAUUGAAUUGGCCUCUCAACUGUUGGGUCAAGCAGUCUCUCAGUGGAGGCAACAGGAAGAAGAGAAGGCCCGCCAUGCUGAGGAAGAGGAAAACUUGUACUGCCAUAAGGCACGCACUCUUGCGAUGUCUGAAACAGAUGAAGAAACAUUAGAAAGAGAAUUCCAGAGACCUUCCCAUGCUUUGAUCAUGAAUUUGAUGAUUUGAGGAAUAAAUUUAGAAGAUACAGUAAAGAUGAAAAAUGGUGAAAGGGAGGAACAUCAAGAUACUCUGGUUAUGUACAUGACUGAUGAACAACUUUUUGAAAUAAGUGAGUUACAUAACAAGAUUUUUGCAAACUUAGUUCACACUUCAUGGCUUGCUCCUGACACAAAAGUCUCCAUCCAUUCACAGGUAGUUACAGCAGCACUGCUGAGGUUCUCUGUGCUUCAAUCCCUUAUAGGAACUGUAGGAACCAUAGCAGGUUGCUGCCUUGAUCAGGCUAUGUUGGGAGCUCAUAUUUUGAGUAAUGAUUACUCUUGCUCUUACUUAUCUCAAGAAUCCCUUACACCACUUCUUGAACAUCCCUAUGACAUCUAUAAAGACCCCAAUCCCCAAGAGGUGUUGAAAGUUCGCCCACUACUGAAUUCAGUGUGUGAAUGUGUUAAUGAACUCCUCAUGCAGUGGCCAGGUCAUCCUAGUUUGGUAAUGGUGAACACUGUUAUAUCAAGAGUGUUGGACUUCCCUCUCACUUCUCCACUUAUGAAGCAUGUAAUAGGCUUGGAAACAAUUCUGGAAAAGGCUCAGGAAUGGGAAAGGAAUGCUCAUUCUGGUGUGUCCAUGAAGGAACAACUGGAGGCUGUGACUCACCAAGUCCUUGAGUGGCGACAGCUGGAGUUGAAUGCAUGGCGCUCUUGUUUAGACUCUGUCACUCACAAGGUUGCGGUUCAGGGUCGGAAAUGGUGGCCAUAUCUUUUUGAUACGUUCCAAGCUGCUCUUACAGAAACAGUUACAUUGCCUGAAGUAUUACAAACACUGAAACAGUUUUUGGAAACUGCGGUCUUGGGUGAUUUUCAAAUUCGCCUACAACUCCUUUUUUCUUUUCACUGUCAUCUUGCAGUACUAGAAAAGAGUAAAAUUACUCAAUCAUUAGUGGCUAUCACAUGGAAUUUAUACCACUACUUCAGUCAGUUCUUGCAUUUGGUAACCACAGCAAUAACCAAGGCCAGAUUGCCAAUUGAAAAGGAAGUGAAAGGCUAUGUUAAGAUAGCUCGCUGGAAUGAUAUCAAUUACUUUGCUGUGCGAGAGUCUGUAGAUAAGAGUCGUCGUACUCUUCAUCGCCACAUGAGGAAUUGGGAAAAGAAUUUGAGACGGCCUUUUGCACCACUUAUGUGUGACACAAACUCAGAGUUGAAUGAAGACCAUACAGGAGCUUGGGAUCAAAAGUCUGAGAUCUGCCCAUCAAAGAUCCCUUAUCCUGUUUUGCCUCCAUCUCCUGUAAUGGUAAAACACUCAGAAGAUGUAGGAGAAUACCAAGUCCUUUCUAGACUCACCUUCCUAACCAAGCGCUGCCACAAGUUAGCAUGUAGAAUGCUGUCUGAGUUUUCUUAUACAGUCUAUGUGGAUGAAGUUGAAGAUACCACAGUCAAGAUCAUAUCCAGUUAUCAAGAACUUCAGGCAGCAGCAACACGAGCUGAGAAUGCUCCUUCAGAUAAAAUACGUGUCAAGCAACUGAGAGGUGUGAUGCAGCGCCGAAGGGAAUCUCUCACACGGCUCUUCAAGGUGUUAGAUUGUAUGGGUGUGACCUACACACGUGGUAAUAGCCUUUGGGAUCAUAAGGAUAUUGACUCCUGCCUGAACCUUUCACCAGUAGAUUUGGAAGUUGCUCACACAGACGUUCCAUCUUUGUUGCCAGCACGAGAGGCCUGGCCAGGGUGUGUAAAGUAUCUUAACCGCAGUAUUGGUCGUCUCUCCUUGCUGUUGUCCUCCCUACAGCAACCACAUCAAGAUCUUGGCCCUGAACUCAUCAAGCGGCUGCGUGGCAUCUCAUGUCAUCUUUUUCUUCUGGUGCGGGACCAAAGGAUGUCCUUAUCCUAUGUUAGUGAAUUUACUCACAAAUUGCAUAAUCUUCUCAAAGACAUAAGAGAAGUAGAUUCUCAUCACUCAGUGAGUAAGAUGUUGACAAGAAUACAGCAUCUCCACUCUUUGACAACUUCUUUGUCACUUACUCUUGAGGAGACUGUUAAAGUACUUGGGACAUAUACUAAUGCUAAACCUUUACUGUUGCUUGAAGCUUCUCCAUGUAAAAUAGAAGUUCAUGAAGCUAAGACCAUUCUAGAAGGAACUAAGGGGAAAAUUGAUUGUUUGGCAUUAAAGCUUACCAGUUUAUUGAGACAUUUCCAGAGUGGCCAUAGAUUAGUUACUCCAGCCCACAGUAAAGUGUACAAUGACAUCAUAAAUAAUCUUAGUCAAGAUGCCAAGGAGUUACAUGAAGUUACCAAGAUGCUUUCAGUAAGACAUGAUAAGCUACAUCCAGUCACUGGCCAACUAAACAAGUGGUUGUCAGAAUGGUGGGCUGCCCAGUCUAAUUUCUCUCUUGCUAAUGUUGCUCAACCACAAGAUGAUGUUCAUGGUGUUGGUUUUGAUCUAUUGGAAAACUGUUUGACUCAAAUAUUGCUGUGUGUAGAGAAUUUGUACAAGAAACAUUGCCCUGUACAAAGCAAAGUUGAAAAUGAUGAAGAAUCUGGAAAGGAUAUGCUUAGUCUUGGAUUAGUCAAACAGCUCAAGUCUGAUACUGAAAACCUGCACAUGGAAGAAAUUGUGACCAGAAUACAGAAGCUUGUGAAGAUAUCAGAAUGUCAGCCUGACAUACAGCAGGUAUUGAAGGCUUCACUACCACUCCUUGAGCAGUAUCAUGCAAUUUGUGAAUCUGUUUUGCUAAUGAUGACAAGCAGUAACAGAAGUAUUGCUAAAUUAACAUCAAUUAUAAUUGCAGUUUUUCAAAACUUAGCAGUAAAAGGCUUUUGUCGUCCUCAAGAAUUGCAAGAUGAAGGUGGAGAGGGGGCUACAAAUUUUGAGGAUUCAGGAGGCACUGGCCUUGGUGAGGGUGAGGGUAAAAAAGAUGUUUCUGAUCGCAUUGAGUUAGAAGACCAACUUGAAUCAGCCUUGAAGGAGGGAGAAAAGGAGGAGGCAGGAGACAAAGAUUUGCAAGAAGAGGAUAAGGGAAUUGAAAUGAAUGAAGAUUUUGAGGGAAAGCUGCAGGAUGUUGAGAAGAAUGAGAGAGGAGAAAGUGACAGUGAUAAUGAUGAUGAUAAUCAAAAGGAUUUGGAUAAACAAAUGGGUGAAACUGAAAAAGGUGCUGAUAAACUUGAUGAAAAAAUAUGGGGUGAUAAUGAGGAAAGUGAGGAUGAAGAGGAGACUAAAGACCAGGAUGAAGAAGAUGGACCUGGAGAGGGAGAAGCUACAGAGUCAAAAAUGGUGGCCAAAGAUGAUAAUAAGAGUAAGAAGGAAAGAGAUAAAGAACAGAAGAAGAAAGAAGACUUAGAUGAAAUAGAGGACACAAGGAAAGAAAAUGAAAUGAAUGAAGAUGGCCAAGAAUAUGAUGACAAUUUCACUGAUCCCUAUGGAGAAGCAAACAUAGAAGAUGAAGAAGAGGAAAAAAUGGAGUUGCCAGAUGACAUGAACUUGGAUAAUGGUGACACCAAUGAAAAUGAUGAUGAUGAUGAUGAUGAAAUGGAUCUUCCAGGAGAAAUAGAGGAAAAGGGUAUUUUCCCAGAAGAUGAAAAGGAACCAAAAGAGGAUGGGGAGGAGGAAGAUGCUGAAGAGAAUACAGCUAAAGGACAAGAGGAACCUAAUGAAAAGGAAUCUGUUGAAGAUGAUGAUGGAGAGCUUGGAGAAAAAGAUGAUGGAGAACAGGAUGAGGAGGAAUCUUCAGAAGAAAGAAACAAGGAUGAGCGAAGACAGGGAACUGAGGAAGGAAAUGACUUAAAUAAUGAAGAAAAUAACUUAGAAGAUAAAGCUGAGGCAUCUGAAGACAAAAGCUCUAAAGAUCCAGCAGAGGCAGCUGAGAUGGACACCACAGAUGGCAGCAAGGACCAGACUAAGGAGCAAUCCAAAUCAGACACUGGUGGACAGCAUGAAGAUGAUGAGGAAAAGCAGGAGGAACAAGGACAAAUGGGAGAACAGACAGAGGAUCAGGAAGGCACUGGUCAAUCUGAGAGUCGAACUCGAGAAGAUGCCCACCAGGGAGAGUCCUCAGCCUUGGUUACUCAGGCCUCAGCCAAUGACCAGAGUGACAUGAAGAAGCCGCGUAGACCUGGGGAGACUGAUGAGAACAGGACAUUGGGUGAUAAUAACAAGAGGAUACAACAGGGCUUGAUGACCAAAGAGUCCAAGCAAAGGAAAUCAGAAGCUGACCAACAGCAACAGGAAAAGGACAAUGAUGCUGAGAAAGAAUCUCAACACUCAACUUAUGAACACAUCAGCAAGUCAGAGGACCACUUUGAUGCCCAUAUGGUAGAUGCUGGCACACAGGAGCAGGCUAAGGAGGCUCCAGCACCUGCAGACAGACAGGAGGAGGAGAUGGCAGAUGAAGAUAUGUUAGAUACUCCAAUGGAGGUUGAGGAAGAAGAGCUAGGAGAAGCUGGAGAAGAGAAGAAGGCCACCAGCCAGGAAGGCAAAAAUGAAGAACAAAGGGAGCAGCGUCAGGGCAAGCAGGACCCACAAGCCGAGGGAGAGGCACAAAUAGUUACAGAAGGAGAGACAGUGCUGGAAAAUAUCAUCCAGCGUCCACCAGAGACCUACUUCCAUACUUUGAUGCCAGACCAAGAUGAAAAAAAAGAUAAACCAGUUGCCAAAUUUGAUGAAGAUGUUGAGAAGACCAGACGGCAAAUAGAAGUUGUGAGCACUCAUGAUGAAUGUGAAGGGUCAUCUUGGGCAAGGCAGGAGGCUCAAGUGGCUUCAGUGGCAAUGCAGUUGUGUGAACAGCUUCGCCUAAUUCUGGAACCUACACAGGCAGCCAGGCUGCAGGGUGAUUAUAGAACAGGGAAAUGGCUAAACAUGAGGAAAGUGAUUCCAUACAUUGCAUCGCAGUUUCGCAAAGAUAAAAUAUGGCUCAGAAGAACACAACCAAGUAAGAGGACAUAUCAAAUUCUGGUGGCAGUAGAUGAUUCUGAGUCCAUGAUGGAAGCUCGGGCAGGAAGCCUGGCAGUGGAAAGUGUUGCCCUAGUUACUCGUGCUCUUACCUUGCUGGAGGUGGGUCAGCUAGGAGUUAUUAGUUUUGGGGCCACUACAAAAAUUUUGCAUCCUCUUGAUCAGCCAUUUAAUGAAACUUCAGGAAAUAGAAUUCUCACCAACUUAAAAUUUGACCAGAAAGUAACUAACUUUAGUAGAAUGUUAGAGGAUAGUGUGGCCAUCCUCAGUGGUUCCCGCAUCACUGGAAGCCAUGGUCACCCAGACACAGCCCAGCUACUGCUCAUCCUGAGUGAUGGCCAAACUCAGACCAGAAUGGAAACAGUCAAGGCAGCUGUAAGAGCUGCCCGAGCUGCCAGAAUAUUUAUUGUCUUUCUGGUCUUGGAUGCUAAGGAUAAUAGGUAUUCCUUCUAUGAUACAUUAAUAUAUGAAGGAGGAGUGAUGAAGUCUAUAGUGGAGUUCUUCCCCUUCCCAUUUUUCUUAGUAGUAAGGGACAUAGACACACUUCCUGAUGCUUUGGCCACAGCUCUUAGGCAGUGGUUUGAAUUGGUGACAGCUGAUGCAGCUCACUGAUGAAAUUCCAUUUAUGAUUAAUGUUAUUUGCACAUUUGUACAUUAUUGUAUUAGAGUAAUUAUUUAUGACCAAUUUUGAUUUGUAUUGUAAAAACAGUUCAUAUAAAGCAAGUUUGUAUGCAGUAUAUGUUUUUAAUAAACUGAUGUUGUAA